GCUCGGGUCGCCCGCCAUGGCCGAGGCAGGAGCGGGGAGCGCCGAGGGGGUCGAGGAGGAGCGGCGAGCCGCUGAAGAUAAUUUCCCAGUAGAUGGAAACUCGUGCAUUGUUUCUGGAGUCCCCAGCCUCAUGAAUCCAAUAACUAAGCCUGCUACCACUUCUUUCAACAAUUCUGUGGUUGAGAUUCCAAGAAAGCGCAAAGGAAGUGAUUCCGAUAACCAGGAUACAGUUGAAGCUGAUGGGGAUCCUCAGAAAAGGAAUGAAGAUGAAGAACAUCUUAAGAUAAAAGAUUUCAGAGAGGCUCACAGUCAAACAGAGAAACGAAGAAGAGACAAAAUGAAUAAUUUGAUAGAAGAAUUGUCUGCUAUGAUACCUCAAUGCAAUCGUAUGGCACGAAAACUAGAUAAGCUUACAGUAUUACGGAUGGCAGUGCAACACUUAAAAUCUUUAAAAGGUUCCACUAGCUCUUACACCGAAGUCCGGUAUAAACCUUCGUUUUUAAAGGAUGAUGAGCUCAGACAGUUAAUCCUUAGGGCUGCGGAUGGAUUCCUGUUUGUGGUUGGAUGUAACAGAGGAAAAAUUCUGUUUGUCUCAGAAUCAGUUUGCAAAAUACUUAAUUAUGAUCAGGCCAGUUUAAUUGGACAAAGUUUGUUUGAUUACUUGCAUCCAAAAGAUGUUGCCAAAGUCAAGGAGCAACUUUCAUCUUCAGAUGUCUCUCCCAGAGAAAAGCUUGUAGAUGGCAAAACUGGCUUGCAAGUACAUACAGAUUUUCAAGCUGGACCAGCUCGACUGAAUUCUGGUGCUCGACGUUCCUUCUUCUGUCGGAUAAAAUGUAGUAGGACCACAGUCAAAGAAGAGAAGGAGUGCUUACCCAACCCAAAGAAGAAAGAUCACAGAAAGUAUUGUACCAUUCACUGUACUGGAUAUAUGAAGAACUGGCCUCCUAGCGAGGUGGGAGUAGAAGAGGAAAAUGAUGUAGAAAAGAACAGUAGUAACUUUAACUGUCUUGUUGCAAUUGGGAGGUUACACCCUUACAUCAUUCCACAAAAGAGUGGAGAGAUAAAAGUCAAAGCAACAGAAUUUGUUACACGAUUUGCCAUGGAUGGAAAAUUUGUUUAUGUAGAUCAGCGUGCAACAGCAAUUUUAGGGUAUCUGCCACAAGAGCUUCUAGGAACUUCUUGUUACGAGUACUGCCAUCAAGAUGAUCACAAUCAUCUAGCUGAAAAACAUAAAGAAGUCUUGCAGAAUAAAGAAAAAGUUUUUACAAAUUCCUACAAAUUUAGAGCAAAAGAUGGAAGUUUUAUUACUUUAAAGAGUCAGUGGUUUAGUUUCAUGAAUCCGUGGACCAAAGAACUGGAGUACAUUGUAUCAAACAACACUGUAGUAUUAGGUCACAAUGAGUCUGAAGAACAGGUCUCCUAUGGUUCCCAGCCUGCAGAAGGUGCUGUAAAACAGUCUUUAGUGAGUGUACCUGGCAUGUCCUCUGGAACAGUUCUUGGGGCUGGAAGUAUAGGAACUGAAAUUGCAAAUGAAAUAUUAGAAUUACAAAGUACCACCUCUAAAGGAAAAGAGCCAUCCUAUCAAAUUUUUGGAAGACCAAAGUUGCAUUCUUCACCACCUGGGGAGUUAAGUCCAUCACAUCUCUUAAGAAAGUCACCAUCUCCAGCUUUAACUGUAAACUGCAGCAAUGUGCCGAAUAAAGAGUUGAUUCAGUUAUGCCCUUCAGAAGCAGAAGUUCUGGAGACUUCAGAACAAAACCAAGGUGCUAUUCCAUUUCCCAGUAAUGAGCCCCUCCUCGGUGGUAAUUCUCAGCUGGACUUUGCAAUAUGUGAGAAUGACGACACUGCCAUGACUGCUCUUAUGAAUUACUUGGAGGCCGAUGGAGGACUUGGGGAUCCAGCUGAACUCAGUGAUAUACAGUGGGCUCUCUAGUUUUGAUUUUUGGAAUGAGAAGGAAUUUAAAAUCCUUAAUGCACAACAACCGAACAUCCUCAGUACUGUAUUUUUUUUUAAUGUUUCAUUUGAAUUCCUAUGUACUAUCAAUAUAUUUUUAAAGACUGAAGCCUUGUUCACAGAGAGACAGUUUCUGCUGCAACUAUGGAAAAAUGCAAUAUUUUUUUUUCAUAAUGGGAACUUUGAAAUUUUAAUACUGAAUUAUCUGUAACUGGAAUGCUUAUAUUUUUUCUAAGAAGCUUUAACCAAAAGGUACUGUACAAUAUACAGAAAUAUUUUUCUUAGUUUUAACACUUAAACUUUUAUUUAUUUUUUGCUUCAAAUGGGACAACGUUGAUUAUCUAUGUCGCUUUCUCUAGAACCUUGUACUUAGAGUCUAAAAAUAUUUAUAACUAUUACAUUUCAUUGUAAAUCUGAUAUGCACACACUACAGUUUUAAAAUCAGGUAUCAUAGUUCCUAAGUGAUGCAGUUUUUGAUUCCUUAUUCUUUUCAAAAAUGCAAUUUUUGUAGUCGAAAGUGAAAAUGAAGCAUACACUUCUGGGAUCAUGGAUUUUAAUUAGAUUGUCGUACCAGAGAGAAGGUUUUAAGAAAAAUCAUUUUGGUCAUUUCUCCAGUACACAAACAUGAUAAUGGUAUGAGGAAAGAGAAACAAAAUCAUAAUUGUUAUGUUGUAUUAUUUCUGAUGUAUUGUUAGAGGAACAGCGCGUAGAACCUAAGAAAAGUAACGCUAUACCUGUAAUAAAGCAUUUUGGUUUUUAUCGCAGAUUAUUUGCUAACUAGAGAAGUUUGGAUAGAUUGUCUUAGUUCCAGGAUGAGGAUAGCACUGUUAGUGAAAAAUGUUAAAAUUCUGUUGUAUCCUUUGUAGUAUUUCUGUUUUGGGAGGUGAGGGUGAUUUUCUAUUUCUGGAGUCUGUGACUUUUUAAAAACUUGUGUAAUGUAGUGCUAUAUAAAAUGGUCUUUUUUUGAGAGACAGCUUUUCUAAGACCCGUAUCCCAGUUACAGCAGAUUACUCAAGAACAUGGCAUUUAACAGAUUGCAUUAAAACAAUAUAGCAUAAAUAUAUAAAAUUGAUUUUUUUUAUUUCUGAUAUUAAAUGUAUAGACAAGUUUGUGUGUGAAUUAUAUAUCAUAAAAACAGAUUUUCUUAAAGAUUUUGUUUAAGUUCAUGUAAUGAAAGGAAAGCACUGAAAGGCAUUUGAUAUUUGUGCAUCUUUUUUUAAUACAAGUAUGAAAACUUAACUGUAGGCACCACCAUAAGCACUGUUUGAAGUUUAAAGGUGGAAGGCAGGUAGCCCUUUCAGAUCUUACAAAGGCAGAAUGAAGUGUGAACAAAUAGAUGGCUUCUCUCUAAGCAGCCGCCAGAUGUCAUGCUCCUACUGUAGGAAGCCACCUUUCCAUGAAUGAAUACACAAUUUGUCAGCACUGACUUGCUAUGCUUUGACAGAGCAGCUCUAUAUCUUAUAGAUAUGAAUUCUUUCAGAAAUGAUGAAUUUUUGGUGACAUCUCGUCCGUGUUUUCUAGAAUGGUUUGUUGGUUUAAUUUUCUGUUUUCUUUUUUAUUGUCUGCAAUUAUUUUGCACUGACCCUGCAUGUGAUUUCCUGCAUUCACAGUUUUUUGAAGACCUGGGGCCAAAAUUACCUGUUCUUUAGCUUUAUUGGAAUAAACUGUUUUGUUUCUUCACUGAAAAAUAAUUUGGGGCUGUAUCAUGCAGCAAAGUGGGAAAAAAGAACAACAACACAGGCGUUUUCUAAUAAUUGUUAGACUUGUAUUUGUACUAAUAGUAAACUCAGAAUUUAAAGUUUU